CUCCAGGAAAGACAGCACAAAGACAAGCAGCAAAAUGAAGAAACUUCUGUUUUUAGGAAUUGUUUUGUCAGCACUUCACACCAGCAACUCACAAAAACAAGAAUUCUGCAAACUGCCCAGUGAUGCAGGUCAUGGCUCAACUUUCACGUUUUUUGUGUAUUACAAACAUGAAGAAGACAAGUGCUUGCCUUUCUUCUACCAAGGCCAGGGAGGAAACGCCAACCGUUUCCGAAGUGAAAGAGAGUGCUUGAGAAACUGUUCAUUCAAUUCAGAGAUGUUGUACCCAAUGGACGAAACUGAAGCUUGUCACUUUAGAUAUGCGACUGGAGGGUGUAAUAGUUACCUCGUCAGAUACUACUACGACUCCAUUUAUGACAAAUGCAAAAAGUUCCUUUGGAGUGGAUGCUUUGGAAAUGGAAACAGAUUCUUUGACUUCGACAGCUGCAAUAGAACCUGUGUUGGCAUUCAUGAUGAAGGGGAUGAGCCUGAGGAGGAUGAACCGGACACUCCUAUUACCAUCAUCUUUGCGGUUCUGCUUUCCAUUAUCAUUUUUGCUGUCUUAUUAACUGUGAUUCUCCUUGUGGUGAAGUCAAAGAAAAAACACCAAAAGAAGAAAGCCAAGGAGGCCCAAACCGACACACCUCUUCAGGGGAGUGGGAUAGAAAUGACAUAGGAAUGCUCCUCUUCUCCAAAAAAAAACACCUUUUUUUCACCUGGUUGCCAUUAAGAACUAAGUUUUGUGUCCUAAAACCAAAUGCAUAAUUUUUCUGUCCCUGAGAACUACACUUCCAUUAAAAAGAAGCAGAGUGUUUUUUUUUUUUUUUUUUUUUUGUGUGUUUAUUUUUUUAGAAAUUAGCGCUAUUUAAUUUAGGUUUCAUGCUAAGAGAUUUGUUUUUUUUUUUUUUUGUUUUUUUUACUUUUCAUAGAUUUAACCAAUGUUUUCAACUUAUGAAUCUAGAGAUUUAAAAUGCAAUCAAAUUAAAAUAUUUGUAAGUUUAAAAUCACAAGUAAAUAAUCAAAAAUCACCUACUUAUUCAAAAAAAAUAAUGUUCUUUAAAAAUCUUACUUUUUAAGAUAAAAUAAAGCCCUUUUACAGUUAACAACUGUGAAACAUAGAAAUAAAAGCAACUCCAUAGAUAAGGACAACAUUCUCUAAAAUACUACAUUUUAAUCAUAUGUUUGCAGGUGUUUGGAUAUAAAAAUGCAUUGUGAUUUUGCAGAAUGUGCUGUAUGUUCCACCACAACGUCUGGAUGAGAACCCAGUUUAGCUCUCCAUUUUGAAGUCUAUAACUGUGAACAUUCAACAAAUGUCAUUAUUAUUUUGUUCAAAUCAAUAUUCUGUUUUAUUUACCAAAAUCCAUUCUGGAUAUUUUUGGGUGCUUUAUAUACUUUUUACAUUGUAGUGGGGUUUAAUAAGGUAAAGUUUUAAUCUUCAAUAAAUUUAAUUUUUAUGUUUGUGUUUUUAUCAGUUUCUUCAGCAUUAUUGUUGAAAAUCUUCUUUUGUGACUAUUAAAAUACAAAGCAACAAAGUUCUGCAAUGCACUUAUUAGCCAUGACAUUAUGACCAGAAGAAGGUAAAUGGUAUUGUGAAUUUUUUGGUGUAAUGUUCUGAAAUGUUCAUUCUAAAAUUGGGCACUUACUUAGACAGUUUUUCAUCACUUAAUCUAGUUUAUUAUGAACAUUUUCAAAACCUAUGUUUAUUUCAGGGGGAGCACACCAAGGAAUAAAACAGCUUUUUAAGACAUAAUACUUCUUUGGGGUUGAAGUUGUGUUAGAGCUGUAGAACAUAACAGAAAUUUUAAUGAGUCAGUGUCACAUCAGGUUUUUACCCAUCAGCUUUUAGGCUGUUGGAGCCAUAUGGCCUCAAACAGUCAGAAUUGAAACCAAAU